AUGCUCCCAGCUGUGAUUCAGUUCGACGACAUUUUGAUGCUGGACUCGGUCAAGGCCUUGCGGAGCACCUCGCAGGGAAACCUUGUGGGCUUGUGCGAAAUCUUCUUGUCUGGUUCUGUAGAUGACCUCAAGGACUUCCACAAGAAGAACGAAAAGCUCUUCGACGAGCAUUCCCUGAACUUUCAGGACGCGAUGUCCAAGAUUAGACUUCUGACCUUGGCCACCAUGGCUCGGGGACAGUCGGAACUUCCUUUAGACGACAUCGCAAAGCGCAUCCAGGAGAGCCCCACGGCAGUUGAGCCUUGGGUGGUUCGGGCGAUCUCGGAGGGAGUCAUUGACGGCCGCAUUGACCAGCUGAACCGGAAGGUGCUCGUGAAAUCAGCCUUCUUGCGCAAGUUUGAGAAGGAGGAGUGGAACUUCUUGGAUUCCAAGUUAUCGCAUUGGAUCGAGAACUUGGAGCAAGUAAUCAAGUUCCUUGGUGAGCAAAAAAACAAGACCGAGGCGGGACGGACGGCCGAAAGUCCCAGUGGUAUGCCGGAUAAACAUUUUGACUUUCAGGCUCUGACAGCCUAG